UCUCUCUUCAUUCCCGCACGUGGAAAAAGCCCUCCAUUCAUUUGACCCCAUACACCUCCUGCUUCUCUCGCCUUCUCCCCCCCCCCCGCCUCCGCCUACUUUCUCACUCGACUAGACAUUCCUGUCUCUCCUGAAGUGAACGGACUCUGACCGAAAGACGGACAGCCGCGAGACAAACCUCCAAAUCACUCGUUCUUGCUUGCUUUCUUUCAAACACACAUGGGCAAGCAGUCAAAGACGCGCAAGUUCGCGGCCGUCAAGCGCAUGAUCAGUCCCAAGGACGCGCGCAUCACCAAGGCCAAGGACAAGCACAAUGCCGGCGCCGAGAACAAGAAGGAGACGGUCGACCUGAACAAGAAGCUCGGCGCUGAGGCCGCUGCAGAGGCCGCCAAGCAGCUGCGCGAGCUGCCACAAAUGUCGUCUGCGCUCUUCUUCAAGUACAACACGCAGCUGGGUCCGCCGUACCGCAUUCUGCUGGACACGAACUUUAUCAACUUUUCCAUCCAGAACAAGCUCGAGGUCAUUCCGGCCGCCAUGGACUGCCUCUUUGCCAAGUGCAUCCCCUGCGUUACCGACUGUGUGAUGGCCGAACUCGAAAAGCUGGGCCUCAAGUACCGUCUGGCUCUCAAGGUUGCCAAGGACCCACGCUUUGAACGGUUGCCUUGCACCCACAAGGGCACUUAUGCCGACGACUGUCUCGUUCAACGAGUAACUCAGCACAAAUGUUACAUUGUCGCAACGUGCGAUCGCGAUCUCAAACGGCGAAUCCGAAAAGUGCCCGGUGUGCCAAUCAUGUUUAUCACACAGCAUCGUUAUAGCAUUGAGCGCAUGCCAGAUGCUUAUGGAGCCCCUCGAUGAACAAAAGUUCAACAGUCUAUCGCUAGUACUGGCUGGUGGUGUUAAUUUUGAGGUUUUCAUUACUAUUGUUUGGUAUUUUCCAUUGUACAAUACAUCCUUUCU